GUUUUGUCAAAUGUAAGUCAAAAGAGGUAUCAAAAUAACAGUAGUGUUAUGUAAUAAUUUGAUUUAAAAAAGUGAGUUAGAAUUUCGGAGAAUGAGAAAAAAGUGCUCACGAAUUUAAGUACGUGAAGUAUGAUCGCUCAUUAACCAAAGAAAACAUCAUGAGCUCUUACACAUUUUCCCUGAACCAUAGGAUGGCGUUAAAUCCACCUCCGCCUCCGACUGGAACAGCAGCUGCUUCAUUAGCAGGAAUUUCUUCGGUCAUUAGGGCUCCUCCACCUCCGCCACCCCCUACAGCUGGACAAUUGUUGGCGAUGCAUCAUUCUUUGAUGGGUACUGGGAGGCCUAUUCUUAUUGGUCAUCAAGGUUUUCCAUUAGCUCAUCAUCACCACCAUCAUCAGCUGUUUAACGAAAGUGUUUUCUCUCCGGGAGGUGUCACACCCUCUGUUCUCUCUACUGGUUUGAAUGAUGCUCCUUUAGAAUUCAAUUCAUCUAGGAGUAAGCCAGUUAUUAAUGAACAAGCUGUUAUAAAAGAUAGAUAUCAAAAUCUCAACUUCAAACAAAUCUCCGAAAUCAAGCCUAAUAUCCCUAUCGUGAACGAAUUGAUAGAAAAUAAAAGCUCUUCGGAAAAAGAUAGCGAUAAAAGUGAUUCUGUCAAAGAAAUCAUUGGCGUAGAUUCUGACGAUGAUGAUUGCCAAGUUAUCUCUGAAAUCAGGCCAACUAACGAGACUGUCAACGCUCAGUUGCCAAAUUCUUCCACCACCAACACCACUACUACUUCAACUACAGCUUCUAGUCAAAAUGUUCCCGUUUUAACAACUAACGCCGGUGUUUGGAAUAAUGUUCUUCCAAAUAUGAAUUUUCCCAUGUUGGGGGUUAAUCAGAUGUUGACCUCUAACAUAAUUGAUCCUAGUCUUUUUGUUGGACAAACGUUCAACGUUUUCGGAAACGUUCUCACUCAGUUACCAAAUAAUGCUACGCCUGCUGUUUCCGAACAGAAUACAAAUGCUGUUAUUAAAUCCAUUAUUCAUUGUAAAAGUUGUACGCUUUUUCCACCUAAUCCUAACGCUCCCGCUCCUACUACAAGGGAUCGUCCGCUUGGUUGUAAAACUGUAUUCGUUGGUGGCUUACCUGAAAAUAUUAAAGAGGAUAUUAUACGAGAAGUAUUUGGAUUUUGCGGUGAAAUUACCAACAUAAGAUUGAGUAAUAAGAAAUUUUGUCACAUAAGAUUUUCUGAAGAAUCGGCUGUAGAUCAAGCUCUCACUCUUUCUGGCUACAGAAUUCGUUUAGGAUCAAAUUCGGAUCCACCGAAUACCGGUCGAUUGCAUGUAGAUUUCGCUCAUGCUCGAGAUGAUCAAUACGAAUGGGAAUGCAAACAAAGACAAAUUCAAAGAGAACAACGUCAUAGAGAACGAAUGUUACGAGAGAGUUGCAGGGAAAUGUCACCUACUGGACCUAGUCAUUUUACCGAAAGUGAAGCGAACGGCGUUCUAGAAAAAUUAAAAGGCGAAGAUACUUUCAUGAAAGCAAUAUCCGUAGCUGUCUGUUGGUUAGAUCGCGGAGAAUGUAAUAAACGAAACGUUAACAUGUUUUACAGCAUGAUACAAUCGAUAAACUCGCAUGUUCGACGUCUGCUCCAUGACAAAAAUCAAUGCGAAUGCGACUUUAAAAAAUCAAAAGAUAUAAUGAAAUUGCGUGCUCACGUGAUACUCACACAAUUCGCUCAGAUCGAGAAAUUGUUCAUCAGUUCAUCGCACAAGAAGGUUUGGGAUCAUUUUACUAAAGCACAGAGGAAAAAUAUUGAACUUUGGAAGAAAACGGCCAUGGAAAUCAAAAAAUUAUCUUUCGAAAAUGACGAAUCUGGUAAUGAUGAAAUGGAUGUUUCCGAUUCCGACGAUGAAGAGAGUCCGGCCUUAAAAAAGAAAAAAUUGGAUUCAGAAACUAAUUCCUUGAAAGACGAAAAUGAUAGUUUACGAUGUCAACUGGAAGCUUAUAAAAACGAAAUUUGUGUCAUCAGGAGUGAACUGCAAUGCGAAAUUAAUCGUAAAACCGAACAGAUCGCUUUGUUACAGAGUACGCUUAAUAUGGUGAAUCAGGAAAUGGAAAAUAUCAAGAAACAAUCGUCGCAAGAAAUCACCAAUAAUGAAAAUCCAGAAAAGAAAUCUCAAGAAGCUGAUACCACCGUAGUUCCAACAACUUUGAAUAUCCAAACGUUGCUUGAAAGAGAAGCGAAGCUAUUAGGAUUGAUAUCAAUAUUCCUCCAUAUACAUCCUUUUGGAGCCGGAGUUGAUUAUAUAUGCUCAUUUUUACAAAAAGCUAUGCCUUCUUUAAAAGUUACCGACGUCGAGCAAUUGUUGAGUAAAUUUCCUUCCGUGUUUCAACAAGAAUUGGUUGGAAUUGGAGCGAAUAUGGAACGUAGAUGGAAAUACGCCGGUUUUUGCAGCGAUAAUGAUGCAUUUGUUGGUUAAGUUUGUUUUAUUUCAUUUUGUUUCUCGUACGAUGUACUGUUACGUAUUUUGCUGAGGUUUCAGAACUUCAUUUGCCUUUUUUAAAAAGCAUUCAUGUGUAUCAACUGGUUUUAAAAUUUUAAAAGGGAAUCAAAAAUGCCACUUGAUAAAAAGCAUGUAAUUUUUUACCAAAGACUUCUAUGUAUUCUGGUUAAUUAUUUUACCAGAUUCACCAUUAUUUGUACCUUAAGCUGCAUUCACAUACUUUUUCCUGCAUACGCACAACACCUAAAAAUUAAAUGUGUGCAACCACAAGAUAAUCAAAAAUCAUUUUGUUCAAAUUUGAUUACAUUGUUGCAUUGGUGGUAUAUUCUUGUGCGUUAUGCGUUAGGAAAAAAAUAUGUGAAUCAGCUUUACUCAUUUUCUAAUGGUUUGUACCAAUAUGUUUGAAAUUUAUCCCAAAACGUAUUCGAUUGUUUUGUUGUACUGUGCCGAUGCUUUGAAAAAUUUCGAUUAUUCGAUUUUUAUGUUUCUCUUAUUUGCUAUGAAUUAAAAAUCGCUUGAAGUUUGAAAAUUGGGGGGAAAAUAAUAACUUGGUUUUAGAUCUGCAAAACAUUCAUGUUUUCAUUAUUUUAGGACCAUUUGACGAAUUUUUUUUCUUCAAGGGGGGGGGGGGGAAUUACCGAUGUAUAAAAAAAAUGAGACCCUUUCACAACAUUUAUGAUCAUACGAUUUAAUAGAUGUAUGUUGGAGGAGAAUUUGAACUCAGAUUUUAAUGACAACUGAAAAAUACCCUUUUUUUAAUAACGUGUUGUUUUUUUGUUUUGAUUUUUGUGUUUAUUUUUAAGACUACAAUUGUGCGAAUCUUAAAUAAAACUUUGAAAACGAAA